CCUCAUGGUCUGGGCGUGGGAGCACAUCACCAUUCCUCGCCCUCUUCCAGGUCGACUGAUGCCAUUAUUCCCGACGAUUCAUUGCUGGUCAUAUAGAGUGUGGGAUUCUGAGAGGAUCCCUUCGCGGUUGUAUUACUCACUGUUCUUGGACACUCAGGCCAUAGGGGAGAUCAACUGGACACCCAUGAGAGUUGAGCCCGCCCCUGUUGUUUACUCGUCUUCUUCUCAAGCUUUCAGGAUGACGGUUCACCUGAUUUGCAUGUUUCUAGUGAUGCCUACUUUCCCUUGUCGAGUCUGUCGUCAGCUUGGCCUUCUUCAGAUGUCCUGUGAGAUUACCCCUGCCCUAGACUCCCAUUAUGGUUAGCACCACCGAUGAGGAUGCCUAUCUGAGACAGAUGGCUCCUUGGAUAGAGGAAUGGAGGAGUAGGGCUGUCUGAGUUUGGCGAGGAGGAAGAGGAGGGUAUCUCUCUGUCUCAGUAUGAGGAUAGAUAUAGGGCUCUUUUGAGAGAUAUAGCCACUCCGACAGAUCAUGGUGAGGGGUGAUGCGGGAGUUGAGGACUGCUUAUCUUGAUGGGGGUCGAUCGUCUACUGAUGAAGUCGUUUCCCUUCGUGCUGAGUGUGAUUCAACGAUUGAGAAGCGUGAUUCGAUAGCAAAGGAUUUCGAGCAUCUGCACCAGAAUUUUGAUAGCAUGGUGGUGGGGCGUGACUUCAUGAGAGACGAGUUGGAGAGGGUUCAGGUUGAGUUUGAGAGAGUGCAAUCAGUACCAUCUUCCUCUUUUGUUUCACCUACCCUUCCUGAACCAUCUCUCGACCACAUUAGAUAUUUAGAAAG